AUGAAUGACCUGUUUUCGAAGUUGCAGGACAGGAAGCUUCGCUAUGAUGGAGCGUUGAGACAGCUGAUGGAUGAGAAUGCCGGGUUGCGCAAAGAAAUUCGAAAGGGAAACAAAGAAAACAUUAGGCUGAAGUGUGACCUUAGGCUGCAAACGAAGGAACUCGAAGAGUGUAAAUCUAAGAAAGAGUUGGAGGAAACAUCAGAAGCAUUGGAAGAUCUAGAAAGCAGUUAUAGUUGUCUCAUGAUGUCACAUCUACUAGCUAAUCAAGAGCUCCAAGAUGCUCGCAAAGAAGCUAUACAAGGUUUGAAUGAUAUCUUGAAUAGCAAAACGACUCUUGGAAUCAAAAGAAUGGGAGAUAUUGAUCAGAAAGCAUUUGAAGUUGCUUGCUCGCAAAAGCUGCCGCAUAAACAUUGGCGAGAAACCUGUGCUAAACUAUGUUCAUUAUGGCAACAGAAUGUGCUGGAUUCAAAAUGGCACCCGUUUAAGAUGAUCGAUACAGAUGGCAACUUGCAGGUAUGGUGCAUACACCCACAGUUGCUUUAUGUUGUUGCUUUGGAAGUGAUCAACGAAGAUGACGAGAAGCUGAAAGAGUUGAGGGACGAAUAUGGUGACACCGUGUUCAAGGCUGUUGGCAAAGCACUGAUGGAAUUGAAAGAAUAUAAUGCGAGCGGAGGGUAUCCGGUCCCCGAGGUUUGGAACAGGAAGGAGGGAAGGAGAGCCACCAUGAAAGAAAUCGUCGAAUACUUGAUCAAGCAACUGAAGAUUCAUAAGGGUAAGGGCAAGCGAAAGCGUACCAGUUAA